CGAUUGUAGCAGGUGAAAAGUUCUAAAUCAGCUGACUAUUUUAUUCGCCUCUUAUAAUGGAAAACGUUCGAAAAGAAUUGACGAAAAAAAUCGUAAACGAAUGUAAAGUAAAAGGGACGUCAGUAACCAAGGAUUUGGCUUCGUUUUUGCUCUCUCUAUAUCAAUUAAAUCCAGCGUACCGAAUAAAAGAAAAUGACGAGGAAAAUGCAAAAGUGAUUCAAGCUAUAACAGAGAGGCUAUGUGACCAAAGUCGACCCAGUCUUGUAACUUUGAAAAAUCAGCUGUACUUCGCUAAACAUUAUCAUGAUAGAGACGAAACUGUCAAAAGGCAUCGAUUACGACUGCACCAAAAAACUGCACCUCUGGUCGCCGAAAUUUGCGACACUAACAAAUUGGAAAGUGGAAAAGAUACGGAAAAGUUGUAUCAGAAAAUAUUGGCAGUAAUAACGCUUCUGAGCGGUCUGGGAAGCCCCACGGUCUCAUCAGUUCUGAGGGAGGUUUCGGUGGCGUUGCAGAGCGUCUUUCAGGCUUCCGAGCUGGCUCACUACGUGACUUUGCCGAAACGGGAAAAGGAGGAGCAAUUGAUGGAGUUAAUGUGUUUAGUUGCGGGAAUCCGUCUAUUUAACAGAGAUUGUCAACGCGGUGGCGAGGGGAUCGACGACCUGCCGAGCAUUCUACAAGAGGCUCUAACGAAGACCCGCAACUCUAUUCUCGAGCUGUUAGAGCCGCUAAUGACCAAGAUAUACAAGUACACGGCCGUUGUGGAAAACGCGAUCACGCGCAUAUCGAUCGACGCUUCGGAUGCUGCAUGUAGCAGCUCAAAGGAAGCGGCAUUAGACGCAGACGGAAAAAUUGAGUGGGCCAUCGAAAUGUUAACGGCCAGUCGUCAGCAAGAGAUCUACAUCAGAAAGCUGCUGAGUGAUGUGGAACGUAGCGAGAACACGGUGAAGAAUCUGCUGGAGCGUCUUCAAGCACGACUCUUUAAACUCCACGACACUGUUCGAUACAGAACGGCUAUCCCUACUACUCAAGUCUACCCGCAAUUUAUCGAUUUGGCGGAUGUAUGGAUGGGUCUGCAAGAUGAGGUGAUCAUUUUGAGUAGCAUCAACAACUUCCUGUGGGAAUUACAGAGUUUGAGCAAUAAGAUUGUGAACAUUUACGAGGAAACAAAGUUAGAAGAUAUAGCCGAGGAUGUGGAUAUUUUAACCGAUGCUGAAAGAUUGGAACGUUCCAUGGGGAAUUUAAUAACGGAAUGUGGAGAAUGUUUGAUAUAUUAUCCAAACGUCACUAAAGACUUCGAGAAGAUCAAUUUAGAGUUUCUAGGAUUUUGCGCGUGGACAUUUGCGACGGGCAAAGGAGCCCUUAUACCAGGAAAUCCGAACAACGGUGUUGCAAAAUGGAGAGGAAAACAUUAUGCCUUUAAGUCGCCCGAAGUAGCCGCUAAAUUCGGAGAAAAUCCCGACAGGUACAUUUACGACGCGCUCAAUUUUGUUCGCAAUCACGCGGAAUACAUUUACCUGUUCCAAUUGCAUGAAGAAAUUGAAGCCAUGCAAAGCCAAGAAGAAUUAACGGAAAAAGGAUUGCGGUUAAAAAUUCGUCAUGAUCAGAAAGUUCAAACAGAUGUCCACAUACUUCCGCCCUACAUUGAUAAAGAUUAUACUUCCAGCAUUUGGGAGCUGAAACGUAGAGCAUUGCACUUGGCAAACAUAAGUCGAUGUGCUACGCGCAGCACGCAGACACUUAAUUCGCACUUUCGAUAUGGUGUUUACGUGCAAGCGGCUUUGCCUCAGGAUAAGGAAGUUCAAACCAGAAGAGAUAACUAUACAAACACAAAGAAACUUAUGACGUUUAUAUUUGGAUUGCGAGGCAGGCGGGAUGACAAUCAGCACGUUGUAUCGUUCUUGGAAGAUGAGCUUGAACAUUUAUAAAAUUCAAGUUACCUCUGAAAUAAUUGUGUAAACUUGUAUACACGCGUAAAUGUCUCAACAAUAUUGAUAUUAAAUGGAAUGAAAAAAAUUACAUAUUUACAU